UGCCGACCCCUGUCAUAAACCAUCAAUCUCUAUUGAACAAUGGCCCUUGUAAAAAUGGAGAUAACUGCCGCUGAUGCGUAUAACCGGUCAAUAUCACCCAUCUUUUAAAUCUGAUCAGACAGAAACCACUAAUAGUGACUCAUCUCCCAGAUAUGACAGCACACAUAUCACUUCCCAUCAUGAUGACACAGUAGAACAUUAAAGCAUUUACCCUACGUUCUGUUUAACAGGAUGAGCUGCUGUUGUUUGAUCUUAACACCUAAGUACCAGCUGGCAUCACGCAUGGAUAGCACCUUUCCUUUCGGGACAAAUGCUCGGCUUGUUGAUUCGGCCGAUGUGACGGGGCCCGUGUCUAAUGGGUUGAGAGUAACAGGUUGACCUGCAAGAGUGGUUAAACUAUCCCACCUGAGCAGACAAAUCAUCCUCCCUCUAUUACAGUAUAUAAGAACACAAUGUAAGAGAGGAGGGUUAGAGUCAGACAAGCAGAGGAGCUAACGGCACCGUUCUUGUGAAGGAAAGAAGAAGAAAAGGUGAGUUGUGUUGAUUGCAAUUAGGAAACCACAUUAACUUUUUGAUCCAAUGUGCAAACUUUUUUCUUGUAUGUGUGCGUGUGCUGCGCUGUAGGUUAGAACCAUGAGAAGCUUCCUAGCUGGUAUCCUUCUGGUUGUGGGUUUUGUUCAGAGCAGCUGGCAGGUUCCUCUGCAGGAGGCGGGUGACAGCUCAAGCUUUAAGGCAGACAACACAUCAGUGGAUGAGCCGUGGGAGCUGUCCAACAUGAAGAGACAUUCGGAGGGAACCUUCUCAAACGACUACAGCAAAUACCUGGAGGACCGGAAGGCUCAGGACUUUGUCCGGUGGCUGAUGAACAACAAGAGGAGCGGUGCUGAAGAAAAGCGCCACGCUGAUGGGACCUUCACCAGCGACGUGAGCUCGUACCUCAAGGACCAGCUAAUCAAAGACUUUGUUGCCAGGCUCAAGGCUGGACAAGUCAGAAGAGCGUAG